GGGAGAGAUAAUGGGUACAUCUUACCAUUGGAUGGUUCCCCAGUGACUUAUCAAUUGUGGCUGAGAAAGGUUGGAAUUCAAUACCUGUUCAAGAUACUUCCAAGGUUCUAAAAGGGCGGUCUGUUUCCCUCCUCUCCUUCUGCUGCGUCGCUCCAGAAGCCAAAAGGGUCAAGGGGAGAGGAAAGCAUCGAAUAAAAGCAACCUCGCCGGGGAAUACCAGAUUGCGCAAGGCACAUCGGCAGAAAAAACCCCGAACAAGCCAAACAUACCUACAGGGCGAUAGCGCAAAUGGGUAACAGAGGUCGGCUGGGUCUCUUGUUCGACGCGGAGACCGACCUGGAAAUCGACGCUUUGUCAGGGGCGUGGUUGUUGCCACCUGCGGCAUCUGACACGCCCGAGGAUGAGGACGAGAGACGUGUGCAGGCCGUCGAUAUCGUCAUUCAGUACGUCGAGUGGGCCGACAGAAGGUCAACAAAAGCCCCCGAGACCGCAUUCCAUGUCCAUAUCAUGCUCCAAGGUGGUCACGAUGCGUCGAGGAAGACAAAAUGAAUUCUCAGGUGUGAAGAUCAGGCGGUGAAGGACCAUGUACACAAGCACGGAGAAACCCUUCUACAGCAGCGAAUAUCUGACCGCCAUACGGAGGCGUAUCAGGCAGCGAAGACCAAAGGCGAUCGGUAUCAUCCACAACUCGGACGACGAGCCAAGUCAACACAUAAAAGCGGAAGAGAAGGAGACAGGGACGAUCAACUGCAUCAUCGAAGACAGAGCGAAGGCCUUUGCUGAAUGGUUACUUCUUUCAGGCUAUGUGAUAAGACCAGUGUGUGGUAUCUUAAGAGGUUGAAUUUUCACUCACCAUCACCAUGGGCUAUGUCAUCGUUAUCGGGCAGAGAGAAAGUAACUGUACACCAAGGCUGUACGGGGUUUUCGUUUUUGUAGUGGGUGGUCAUUCGGGAAUCAGGUCGUCAGGGAAAACCAACCACAUACACUGUACAGUACAAACGGGUUAUUGCUAUCAAGCAUCAUAAUGAAGCGGCAUGAGUUUUACCCAAUGAAGAUGACAUACUGAACGCCACAGCGGUAUCCGUGAUCAUUCCCUAGCAUGGUAUCUGACUAUCAUGUGGUGAGGGAGGAGUUGUCGGUGAAACCCAAGAAUAUGCAAACCACCAAUCGUGUCGCUAUCAGUUUACAUGCAGCAGUCGGUGUAUAACUCGUCCCAGGGUUCUCAAAGCCCCAGGAAACAUGAGAUGAGACACGAUCACACGCGCAUCACCGCAAAAAAGAAAGUAAUGGUGGUCUCAAUAUCAAGUGACAAGUUUCAAAGCCAAAGGGUCCUCAGAUAGUCUGCGCACCAACGAGAACCCGGGGAAGGAUGGCUGAGCCUUGAGCCCUUGAAUCCAGAAUAUGCGUGAUGAGUGAAAAAAGAAUGAUCCACCUAUCACUUAAGCUUAAUGCCCUGGAUUACUAGGUUAUGGCUCCCUUCUGCAUGAAGAA